AUGGACUCUUUUGAUGAUGAAUUUUAUGAUGGGAAGAAUCAAAGUGGCUCAGAAAUAGAACAAGAGGAAAUACCAGACAUUAGUGAGUUCAGUAACAACAAUGGCAGAUUAAGAUUUAGAGCCGAUUUUAAUUUGCCAAAUAAAUAUGCAGGAGAGAAGGUCUCAUUAUCCGAUUUUAAAAAAUUUAGAGAUAGAGAAAUUACCAAUAAUAAUUCAAACUCCAAAUUUGGAGAAGAAUCAUAUGAAUAUAGUAUUAAUGAUAUUUCUGGCUUUGAUGAUAAUAAUGAAGACUACCUCAACUUCAAGACUAAUAUUCAGUUACCUGAUUCCAUUACUAAAAAGGUUGAUAGAUAUAAAGAAAUAGAAGCUAAUUUUUCAAUUGUAGAUAAUACUAAAAUUAAGGAUAAAAUGUUGUCUGACAAAGAAAAGGGAGAAAGUGUUAAAAAUCAACGUAAAAUAUGGUCAGAAAUACUUGCCAUACGUAUCUUCAUUCAAAAUGUUUUAAAGUUAUGCAAUAAACUUCCUCCAAAUGGAUUAAUUUCAUCUCUAGACGAAGAAUCUAGAAAUAGUUUUAAUGAUAUCAGAAAAAAAAUGCUUGAUUUAACCUUAUUGAAUUAUGAAUUACAAAUGCACCUUAACCGUAAUAAUAAAAGGCUUUCAUCAACAAUUCAUAAUAACUCAGCAAAAUUUGGAGUUUUUGCACAUACUAAUUCUAAAUCUUCAAACAAAAGAAUUAGAGCCGAGCUGGAAUUCUGGGAUAAGUAUAAUUCAUUAUUAGAUAAUACUUUUGAGUGGUGUAUAGAUGUAUGUGAUGAAUGGAAAAAAAAUACUCAAAUUGAGAUCCAAAAAAACUUCAAAGUACUUAAUCAAUCACUAAGAAGUCAAUUGGAACAGACCCUAUUAAAUAAAGAACAUGCACUUAACAAAUCACGUCCUAAUGCUAAUUCCCUAGAUUUUGUGGGGAUCAAUUUUUUGAAAGACAAGGUAGAUCCUAUUCUAAUGUAUGAAAUGAGCAAAGAUAUUUACGAUGACUCAGACUCUUUUGUUUCAUUACUCAAAGAAAUUAUUUCUUCCAAAUCGAUCAAUGACCCUAAUUUAAACUCUGUAUCUUCAUCUUUACUAAAUAAAGGGAAAAAAACAACAAAUAAUGUUGAUCGCAGAGCUUCAAAAGGAAGAAAGAUUAGAUAUGUUCCUAUUCCUAAACUGGAAAACUUUAUGGCUUCAUCUCCAUCUCUAUAUUCAAAUUCCCAUCUUCCAGGUGCAGAUAACGAAGAGUUUGUUGACUGUAUCAUGAAGUCAUUAUUAGUAGCUUAA